GCAAGCAACCGCAAAGCCAGCACUGGCAAAGCACGCCAAACCCUUACAGAAGAGGAGAAGCGCCGAAACCAUAUAAGAUCUGAGCAAAAUCGCCGCGACAUCAUGAAGGAUAACUUUGGCCGGAUUAAUCAUCUCGUGCCAGCCCUUAAUGGCGGCAAGUCGGGUCUUUCGAGAGCUGAC